CACUCAACUCACUCACUCACUCACUCACUCCGGAGUGAGAGAGUGUUGAUGACCGUCUCCCGCGUGUUCCCAUCAUCCCAGUUCACGCUUCCAUCUGUCUGUCUGUCUGGCUAUGGCGUUCCUCGCUCCUCUCCCCCAAGCCUCCAUGCCCCCUUUCCCACGCUCCGCCAUCGCCUCGGCCCUUUCCCUCUUCCUGUUCUCUGCCUCUUCUCCUCCGCUCUUUAGCUCUUCUCCCUGGUUUAUGCGAGCCUAGAAUCCGAUUACGCUGUGCAUUUUGUUUUUUGUUCCGUGUUUUUCUUAUUUUUCCUGUUUUAUUUUGGGAGGAGGGAGGUGGCGGUCGGAGGUAGAAACCUAGUUGUGCUCUCUAAUGUGCCGGUGGAUGGAGGAGCGAGGAGGCGGGCGUUGCGCAGCGAUGGUGUUUCGCGGGGCGGGGAGGUGUUAGGGGUCGCUCGCUGGCGGGGACAGGGCAGGUAGGGUAGGCGAGUUAGGGACGAAGCAGUGGUGGAGUUGGGCGUGGUGGUGGUGGCGCGUUGGUCUUGGUGGAUUGGUGUGGCGGGCAUUCCCCGGGGCAGAGUGGGAGGUUGUGAUGCCGAGGUUCUAGGUCGCUGCGGCGUUGGUGGGGCGUGCGGGAGAUGUGGACGCUUCGCUGCGGGAGGCGGAAAGGCGAGGUCUGGGCGCGGGCUCGGUGCUGGUGCAUGCGGAGGGAGGCUUGGAGGGUCGGGAUGUUGGUGUUCUAUGGCGCAGCGUGCUUGGAUGAGUUAGAAAUGGCUAGUAGAGGAUCAGACAAGGAUGAGCCCGGCGAGGCGGGGUGUUGGUGAGUAGCGCAUCCAUCUAGGUCGGUGAAGCGGGGAGGGUGCGUGUCCCUUAUGAUCCCUUUCAUCGGUUCGUGCUCGUGCUCGUGCUGGCAGGCGGACUGGAGUGGCAGUUCGGAGGGUUGCGAGGCAUCGCUGUGAGGCGAGCGGGACUUCGUGCCUCUCAUGAUGAACGAGGCGAGGAACCGGAAGGAGAGAACGGAGAGGAAGCGACCCCUGGGUGACAUCAACAGGCGCGCCAUGGCGAGGCCGGCAUCGCCUCCGGUGGCGGAGACGCCCGUGAAGCGGCCGUCGAGGGCGUGCUCGUCGCGACUGCGGGUUUCGAAUGCGUCCGAUGGCGGGGUGUCGGGUGCUUCGCCCACUCCUCCGCUGCCGAGGUCGUCGUCGAAGGCGUCGAACGAGAGGAGCUUGUCUGGCGAAUUGCCCCCGUCGUGGCCGAGUGCGAGCCGGACGGGCGCGAGGGCGAUGUCCCUGGCCCUGGGUUCGACGAUGUCUCCGGAGCGGAUGGAGCUUCGGGGGUUGUGGGAGAUGGCGGCCGUAAUGAACUUUUUCUGCAUAUUCCGGCCGAUCAUCAACAAUUUGCCGGAGUUCACGAUGGAGGAGCUGGAAUCCGCGAUGCUGUUCCCGAAUCCGAUGUUGGACACGAUUCAUGUGGUGAUGCUGAAGGGCGUCCCGCCGGCAGCCAGAGUGCCUCUUCGAGGCGAUACGUGGCCGACGGUUCUGAGCAAGAAGUUCAAGGAUUGGUGGUGGAGGGUGGCGGAAGGUCCGUGUCCGCUGGUGCCGUGCCAAGGGGCGGAGCUGGCGACGUACCGGGAGUUGGACCCUCCGACUCGCGUGCGAGUGUUGCUGGCGCUGUGCGAGAUGCGCGUGGACCAGGACGACACUCGGUUGUACAUUGACGACUCGGUGAAGCGGAACCAAAUGGGGGAGGUGCGGAAGGAGAGGGCCGGUUGCGGGGCGGAAGGAACGACAUUCUGGCUGGACGAGGAUCAGAUGAUGGGGCAGAGGCUGUACAGGGAGGGACAGGCGACAAUGCCGCAGCCACCGUCGAAGAACAAGGCCAGGGGGUGGGGUAGGGGUAGGAAUGUGCCACCUCCGAUUCCAGGGAACUGGGAGACGUGCGCGACGAAUUUCGAGGAGUUUCAGGAAGUGUCGAACCGGCUGCUGGAGAGUCGGAACCGGCUGGAAGUGGCGAUGGGGAAGAAGCUGAUGCAGAGUCUGAUGCCGCAGUUGGAGGAGAUUCAGAAGAAGAAGGACCGGCUGGUGAAGAAGCAGCAGCGGGAGGCGGUGCUGUUGGACAACAUGUUGGCAGGGAAUGGGCUGGCAGCAGGGAGGUCGCGCAGGGAGCGGAAGCCGGUGACGUACACGUUCGAUGAGUUCGAUCGUUCUAUCAACGAGGCGAUCAGAUUCACAAAAAAGGGGGCGUCGGACACUUCGUUGAGACGUGACGGCCUGAGAUUCGGCAAUGGCGCGAACGAAGCGGGGCAUUUGGGGAAGGAGCGGAAUGGUCAGGGCGGGUAUGCAAACGGGGUUAGUGGCGUGAGACGAUCGUCGCGCAAUUCUCAGGCACAUCUCGGGGCGGGGGGCGAGGGCGGGGUUGCGGGUUCGGAACCGCAUCUGGUGGAAGCUGACUUGGGGUUCAGCGACGACGAAAUAGAAGGAGAGGCCGUGUACCACGACGACUACCUGGCCGCGAGGCAGCGCAAAGAGAGGAGUUAUUCGUCAGAGAGAGGCGAGAGCUCGAGAGGUGAGCUGGACGAUGCCGAUUUUGAUGAGGUCGAGGAGAAAGCCGAGGAGGAGAAUGAGGAUUACGGGGGCGGCAACGAUGGCGAUGGGGAUGGGGAUGGGAGCGAAGAGCGAGCGUGGAAACGGCCAAGGCGGGGUCCGAAGGUGCGGCUAGUGAACGACGUGUCUCGAGAAGGGGUGCACAGGAACGCCAGGCCUGUUUUCGAUCGGGGAGGAGGUAGGGGCGGGGGUAGUGAGGAGGAGGAGGAGGAGGGAAGUGAUCCUGACGAGCAGAUUGUGAGGGACGCGCAACAGCGGCUGCGGAUGGGCGAAGGGGCGGGGACGGGUAACGGAGGGCGAGGUGGAGGUGGUGUCGUCGCGGGGAGGGGUGACGCAGGGUUCGAGGAGGCGAGCGAGGUCAGCGGCGGUGACGAAGGCAGCGGGUACAGUUCCGGAAUGCGGAAUGGGAAAGGUGGAGGCGCGUUUGAGGAAGAGAGAAAGGGUAGUCGCGCAUCGCUCAUGGAUGAGGACGCGAAGUCCGUGGGGCAUUCCGGGGAACAGUCGGUAGGGUACUCGGGGCGGUCGGGGUCUGGCGAGGAUCAGCAAGAAGCAGGUUCCGUGGAUUUCGAUGAGGAGGAAGGUACGGGCGAGGAGGCGGAGAGAAGUAAAGGUGGCGGGAGACGGAAGCAGUUGCUGGAUUUGAACGAGGUGGCGACGGCAGCCCGCGGAAGCAGUCUCGUAUCGGACAACGGGGAGAGCGAGAGCGAGAGCUCGGACGACGGGGGGAAGGACGGGCGUGGUGACGAGGGGGGUUGAAAGUGGGGCGUGGGUUGUAGAGGGAUGGCGACAUUGAAUGGUGACACGAUUGAGCUCCGUUUGUAGGCAUGGUGUACAUUAAUGUGGAGGCGGCAGAGACAUUGACUUGAGUUCUUGAGAGGACGUAGAGUAGCCCGACACUUGAGAAACCUGGACUUUUGAGCGGAGUGGGUUCUUAGAGGCAUAGGCGUGGAGGGAGAGGAGGUACAGGCGAUAGACGUCCGUGGUUGCUUCCUCCCGAGGCCUUUCCAGACGAUUGUUUUCCAGGUGCAUGCAUGUUAGUGUUCUGGAACGCUGUUGACGGCACUUGGCACGAAGGUGCUCCUGCCUAUCGGGAAAAGGGGGCUUUGUGCAUGUACAUCAUGAACUAUGAAGUAAAAGCAGACCGAUUGUGAGGUCUGGCAGAGCGCCGAGGUUCACGCGCUGCCGUUGUCGGA